CAAGGUUCACCCCACUAAAGUAUAAAAACUCCACGGUGCGACUUGAGGAAGGCACUCGAUAAUCUACUUCUCCUGAGUUAGGACGUCUGCUUGGAAGACACUGCAGUUCUCCUAAUAGUGCAAGGACCAUGAAGUCCCUUCUGCUCUUCGGCCUCCUGGGGGCUGUGAUGAUAUCAGCGCAAGGUCCGGCACCACCCCAACCAUGUUCAACAACGGACUACAGCUGCAAAUGCGAAAGGCUCAUGGGACUCAAACCCCCGCCCCCAAGGGGGUCACAACCCCCAUCUCCACUAGGAGGAGGAGGAGCAGGGAGACCACCACCACCCCCACCAGGCACAAGAGGACCGGGAAGCGCUGGAAGUACAAGGCCACCGCCCCCACCAGGAUCCUCUAGACCUCAAACUGGAGGAUCACCUGGAGGAAGACCACCCCCACCAGGCUCCCCUAAGGACCAAGAGCUGCGCGAAAAUAUCAAGACGCAGUGUUUCGGCGGCACCGAACCCAGCGCUCAAGGCCAAGAGCCAGUGCUGACCGACGCCCAGAAGAACUGCAUCUUCAACUUAUUCAUGACCAGCAAAGGAGUGAUCGUCGACGGGGUGAUCAACCAAGAGAACGCCAUCAAGUUCAUGACGUCAUCCGUGGAGGAGCAAGCCAUCCAGCUGGGCUUGAGUACCGCUGCAGUAACAGCAGUGAAGGACCUGUUGAAGGCAGGCGUGGAAACUUGCUACACCACUUACAGCACCAAGGACCAGAUCCCAGAUUUCCGCGCCUGCGUGAUAGGCAAGUGCCAGGACGCUCUGGCAGCGCAGGCAUAAGGAACCUCUCCGUCGUCACAAGGGCGGGGGGAGGAGGAGGCGGUGGAACGGCCAGGUCGAUGAGGCAAGAAUCGUCUGGCCAACUGAACUGCAACGAUCAGGAGCAGUGAGGCUGAAGAUUACCCAGAACAAAUUCUCUUACUGCCCAGCGAUGUGCGGUGAGGAAUUCGUUCUUUAUCUGAACUUGACAAAUUAAAACCAAUGCACGUCUGAUUCACACGUUCGAAAAUGGUCAGCCAAACUUCUUCUUCUUGUAGUUUUUGAAUGAUCUUUUUAUAGUUAUUAAAACUAUCAAAAUAUGUAGUACACGUGACUCAUUAAAAAUGACGUGUAAA